UACCCCAAACUGCGAAAAAGCUGUCAACUCCGAAGGAAUUGGCAUAGUCCCAGUUGCAAGCAAACUUUAAUAAAAUCCAGUAAAGUGUCAGCCAUGUGCAUAAAGUUAUGGAACCUUCAAAUCCUUCCUUUCUCUAUACUCUAUGCUUUACAAUUGUGAUGCUUUACAAUUGUACAUUCGCUUUUGCAAUUUAAAGCCUCCAAUUCCAGCUCUAAAGUUCUGCAAAUAUGGCAGAUGUUUUGGUUCAAUUCCAGCUAAAUAUCAUUAAUUAAGUACUGGUUCCCUUUUUUGCCGAUGAUCUACACGAGUCUGCAGAGGGAGCAUGAUCACUAUUAUGUAGCUGAAGCUUUCUUUUUUCCUCUUUCUAUAUAAUUGUAGUGUUUUCUUGAAAAGGGGCUCAAAGAAUUCUGCUAAGGGAUUAACUGAGAUGAGAAUCACAGGGGAACUAGUUAGAAGUGCGUUCUCGAAAAGCCUGUCUGUACGAAUGCGUGACAGCCAUGCUAGGAGUUAUACUGUGGAAAAGAAAAGAUGGAGUUCAGUAAGAUCAUACCUUUGCGGGGAUGAGUUUAGUUCAAUAGUUGCAGAGGAUGAUUCAUCGAGCUUCACACCUGCAAUUGAUGAAGGUGAAUUUACUUCAGUUUAUGCAGAGGCGGAUACGGCUUCUAUUAAAAGCUCUGAGGCCACUGUCAAUCAACCAUUGGCAGGAGAUUUCAAGGACCAAGCAGCUGCUGAAAUCAAUGAGGUGAAGAAUGGAAAUCCAAAGGAAAAGCAAAACUCAACCUACAAACUUUUUCAGCAAGAAGAUGCUGCAAUGAUCAUUCAGUCGGCAUUUAGAAGAUUUCUGGCUCGACGAGCUAAUGAAGGAAUGAAGUUGCAAGAUUGUAAGGCAGAUCCUGUAGGAAGUCCAAGUAGAGAGUCUAUGGGCACAUCAAUUGAAGUUCAAACUGGAAAUUCCGACAUUUUCUCUUUCCAAGAAGAAAGCAUGGCUGUGCACCAUCCAGCACGACAUAGAAGUAGAGCCCAAGUGCUCAAGCUACAGGAAGACUGGGAUGAUAGCACUGUAAGUAGUGUCAUAUCAAAAAUGAGAAUUCAAAACAAGCUGGAAGCAGCAACAAGGCGCGAGAGAGCUCUAGCUUAUGCUUUUUCACAACAGUUAAGAAUAUGCUCGAAGAAAAAACAAAUCAAAUUCAACAGUAAUGAAACCGGCGUGGGUUGGAGCUGGCUGGAACGAUGGAUGGCGACUCGUCUGCCAGAAAACACCAUGAUGGAAGACCGAAUGUACAAGCAAAUUGAGGCAGUUAGUGGUCACCAAACAAAUAGGAUGAGGAAGAGACUGCUUGAUAUGGCAAUGGAAGAGAAGGAGAGUUGUGGAUCUAACGAUGUCUCUCUGCGCAUUGAAGUCGGAUCUGUAGCUGCACCCAAGGAUAUCCCAAGGCCUCCCAAGAACAGGAAUAAGACAAUAAGAAAUAUUACCAAACGAGAUGCAGCAUCUAGCUACCUUUGUCCAAGAGAAUCAAAGGAUAGCAAGAAAGUACGUCAACUAGAGGAUGGAAAAGAUAAGAUGAAAAUAUCAAAGCAGGCAUGAAAUAAAAGAGAGAUGAAAAACACGGAUUAUACAUCUCAAGUACCACCAGAGAUUGAAUAAUUUUCACAAUUUGGGACUUCAAAUCUGGCCUACUAAGUUUGUUUUAAAUAAAUUGUGUAAAUGUGUAAUGUCCUGUGGGAACUUUGAGAUCCCCUUGUAUAUUUCAUUUUAUGACCUUGGACAUCCAUGUUGUAGUUAGCAGAAAUGAUCGUGCAUAAAUUAUAAUAAAAUAAAUCAAGCUUUAUUUUUUUAGAUGUACAACCAACAAUGUUUAUUGUAAAGGACAAGGGAAUGUUGCACCAUUAGUCGACUUAUGACCUUGUAGCAACUUGGUCCUUUAAACUAUUUAUUAUUAUUA